AUGCCAAUAUGCAUUAUAAAAUUAGGAUCAGGCAGAUUUUUUUCAUCAAUAACUUAUAUUAUAUUAACUAGAUAGAUAGCCACAAUAUAUAUCAAAGGGUUUAAUAUUUUGUAAUAUGUUAAAUUGUUGAUUAGUGGUUGUUUUACUCCAAAAGACCAUCACUUUGUCAAUUCAUUUAUUUCAACAUUCGAAUUAAAUUAAAGGAUACUCAUUUUGGUAAAUGGUUAAUUUAAUGUACUCAUCUAAAACGUUUGUUUUAAAUUGAUUGAUAUCAACCUAACCAAUUUAUGUAUUAAUCUCAAAAAACAAGGUUGA